UUGCUUUCUCUGUUUCCAAAUCCAAACCUUGCCUUUCACGAGAUGAGUCUCAGCGUCACUUUGUUGGCUGCACCUACACUGUACUCUAACCUGCUUUGUUUUCUAGUGGCUAGCUAGACACACACAUAUAUAUAUAUAUAUAUAUAUAUAUAUGUAGUCUUCUUCACAUGUCUAUGCUUAUGCUGUCUAAAUUAUUUUUUCCCCUUCUUUCUCCACCUCCCUCUCCCUCCGUUUAUGUAUAUCACUCUUAAGAGGAUGAAGGCUUUCUUGUUUCUGUUUGUGGCCCUUACUUUGUGCGGCUAUGGUGUUUGUAAAGAAUGCACAAACGUUCCAACGCAAUCACAUACAUUCCGAUACGAGUUAUUGGCAUCGAAGAAUGCAACAUGGAGAGAGGAAGUGAUGUCUCACUACCACUUGACUCCGACGGACGAAACUGCUUGGGCUGAUUUGCUUCCGAGGAAGUUCUUGACAGAACAGAACCAGCAUGAUUGGGGGAUGAUGUACAGGAAAAUUAAGAACAUGGGUGUGUCGAAAUCCCCAGAAGGAUUUCUUAAAGAAGUGGCUCUUGAAGAUGUGAAGUUGGAUAAGGAUUCGAUCCAUGGCAUAGCUCAGCAGACAAAUUUGGAGUAUCUGUUGAUGUUAGAUGUUGACAAAUUGCUUUGGAGCUUCAGGAAGACAGCUGGUCUGUCCACUCCUGACACCCCUUAUGGAGGGUGGGAAGGUCCUGAAGUUGAGCUUCGCGGUCAUUUUGUUGGGCAUUACUUGAGUGCAUCAGCUCUGAUGUGGGCUAGCACACAGGAUGAUAGCCUGAAGCAGAAAAUGUCAUCUGUUGUUGCUGGCCUAUCUGCUUGUCAGGAAAAAAUAGGGACUGGAUAUCUAUCUGCAUUUCCUUCUGAGUUGUUUGAUCGAUUUGAAUCUGUUCAACCUGUUUGGGCUCCCUAUUAUACCAUUCACAAGAUUUUAGCUGGCCUCUUGGAUCAGCACACAUUUGCUAGAAACCCUCAAGCUCUAAAAAUGGUGACAUGGAUGGUGGACUACUUCUACAAUAGGGUACAGAAUGUAAUAACAAAGUCCACUAUAAAUAGGCACUAUCAAUCGCUAAACGAGGAAACAGGAGGAAUGAAUGAUGUACUUUACAGAUUAUACAGCAUAACAGGAGAUUCUAAACAUCUAUUGUUGGCUCACCUUUUUGACAAGCCGUGCUUUUUAGGGUUGCUUGCAGUGCAGGCCAACGACAUAGCUGAUUUUCAUGCUAACACACAUAUACCAGUUGUUGUUGGAUCUCAAAUGCGAUAUGAAAUCACAGGCGAUCCACUUUAUAAGGAAAUUGGGACAUUCUUUAUGGAACUCGUAAACUCUUCUCACAGCUACGCAACUGGAGGGACAUCAGUCAGCGAGUUUUGGAGUAAUCCAAAGAGAAUAGCAGACAACUUAAGAACAACAGAGAAUGAAGAGUCAUGCACGACUUAUAAUAUGUUGAAGGUUUCACGCCACCUCUUUAAAUGGACCAGAGAAGUCUCUUAUGCAGACUACUAUGAGCGUGCUUUAACUAAUGGAGUUCUCAGCAUUCAAAGAGGAACAGAUCCUGGAGUGAUGAUUUACAUGCUUCCACUUGGUAUUGGAGUUUCCAAGGCUAGAACUGGACACAGUUGGGGAACACCGUUUGACUCUUUCUGGUGCUGCUACGGAACUGGAAUUGAAUCAUUCUCAAAGCUGGGGGAUUCUAUCUAUUUUGAAGAGGAGGGGAAAGGUCCUUCACUUUACAUCAUUCAGUACAUAUCAAGCUCAUUUAAUUGGAAAUCUGGCAAAAUCUUGCUCAAUCAAACAGUUGUUCCAGUUUCUUCAUGGGAUCCUUACCUACGAGUGACGUUUACGUCAUCUCCUGUUGAGAGUGCUUCGUCUACACUGAACUUUCGACUACCAAGUUGGACUAGUACAGAUGGUGCCAAGGGGAUAUUAAAUGGUGAAUCUUUGUCGCUGCCAAAUCCAGGAUCUUUUUUGUCAAUCACAAGACAAUGGAGUGCUAGUGACAAGCUCACCCUUCAGCUGCCCCUUACCGUAAGAACAGAGGCCAUAAAAGAUGACAGGCCUCAAUAUGCAUCUGUUAAAGCUAUUCUUUAUGGUCCUUAUCUUCUUGCCGGUCAUAUAAGUGGUGGUGAUUGGGACAACCUUAAAAUUGAAGCUAAGGAUACAGACUGGAUCACUCCUGUUCCUGCCAGUUAUAAUAGCCAACUAGUUUCUUUUUUCCAAGAUUUUGAAAAAUCGACUUUUGUGUUGGCAAAUUCAAACCAAUCAUUUGCAAUGCAAAAGGUACCUGAAUCUGGCACUGAUUUGGCUCUUAAGGCAACCUUUAGGCUUGUCCUAAAAGAAUCUUCCUCAAAGUUUUCAACAUUAGCAGAUGCUAAUGAAAGAUCAGUGAUGUUAGAACCGUUUGAUCUUCCUGGAAUGAAUGUGGUUCACCAAGGAGCAGAUAAACCUCUUCUCAUUCAAGAUUCUUCCAAUGGCAAGCCAUCUUCUGUUUUUCUUGUGGUACCAGGAUUGGAUGGAAGAAAUGAAACCAUUUCUUUGGAAUCACAGAGUGACAAGGGUUGCUAUGUUUAUAGUGGUUUGAGCUCUAAUGCAGGUGUCAAGCUCAGUUGCAAAUCUGAUUCUGAUUCUUCUUUUAAGCAAGCAACAAGCUUUGUUCCUAGGGAAGGAUUGAGCCAAUACCAUCCUAUCAGUUUUGUGGCUAAAGGGGUUAGUAGGAAUUUUCUUUUGCAGCCAUUACUCUCCUUCAGAGAUGAGCCUUAUACAGUAUAUUUCAACAUUCAAGAUUGAUACAAUUUUUUCUCCUUGGAAGUAAACAGUAUAAUGUGCUUCAUCUAUAAAAGAUCAAGCAAUCAAUAAGCAAAUGUGCAAAUGUAGAAAGAAUAGUUGAUAGAUAUAUCUUCCUGUGACUUGACCUUUCUGUGUAUUCAUUUAUAUAAAUGAAAAGAGGGGUAGGAGAAGUGAUGAUAUAUCUCACUACUCAGUGUAGCUGUUUUUGUUACUUCAGUGUAUGUGUUCUA